AUGGCAACUCAGGAAGCUACUCCAGGCAGCCAGUCAGAGAACAGUGCUUUGGAACUGCCGUCUGCUCGUGACAUAAGAGAUUACGUGCUGCAAGAAGCCAGCCUGGAGGCCCCCAGCAAAGCUGUUAGUUCUGUAGAAGCCCUUUCUAUUCCUUCCUCUUCUGAGGUGGACCCAGAAUUAAAAUAA